AGUGUUUUUUUGUUGUGUACUUUUGUGUUGUUUCGUAAAUUGUUAUAAAUAAUUCUUCUAUUUGUUUCUGAUUGAAACCGACCGUAAACACCAGUAAAUUAUUUGGUAAAAUUAAUCAUGGGCACAGAAUCGGCCAGGCCCGAGGAAUCAACAUCUGGGGCUGGGGAACCAGCUACGACGAGCAAGGAAAAGAACACUACUACUACAUCCAAAAUACAUUGUAGACCGGACAGAGAUAUUACUAAGAAAAUAAUAACACCGGGCGACUACACCGUCGUUCCUUACGAAGAUUCCCGUUGUAAGAUCGUUAUAACAGAUGUGAACUGCGCAGACGGUGCGGGGCCGUGCGACAUGGUUACCUGUAGCCGUAUUUUCAGCGAGAGCUUCGAUGGGAAUGUGCUUAUUGGGGAUUGCGACUCGUUUAUUGAUAAGGACUUUGAGCUGGCGUUGCAGCAGAUGUGUUGCGGGGAGAAGAGUGAGGUGACGAUCCUGUAUAAAGACGCGAAGGGGCAGCAGGCGCUGAAGGUGUCGUGUAAGGUGGAGCUGACGGAGGUGAUGGAGGAGCAGCUCGUGAGCGACUGGAGCUGGGAGCGGCUGCACGAGGCAGCUGUGCAUCACAAAGAAAGAGGAGUAGAGCUUGUGAAAGAAAAGAGAAUAGUGGAUGCCUUCAGGAGGUUCAGCAAGGCUCUGAAGAUGCUGAUAGCUAUAGAGCCCUUCGACCCGCAGGUCAUUGACGAAGAGAAAGUCAAGGAACUGAUUGAUCUCAAGGUGAAAUUAUACAGCAACUUGGCCCACUGUCAGUUGCACUACAAUCAGCAUGAAGCAGCAGAGAUCCUCUGUACGAAUGCUCUACAGUUUGACCCUGACAACGUCAAAGCACUGUACAGGAGGUCCCUAGCAUUUGCUGGUGUGAAGAAGUAUGAAGAAGCUUGGGAAGACAUACAGAAAGCUCUCAAGUUGGAUCCCAAUGAUAAAGCAGUCAAGCAAAAAGCUAAAGAUAUCAAAGACAUCAUGGAUAAUAUAAAAAGGAAAUAUGAUGAGACCAUAAAGAAAAUGUUUUAUAUGCAAGAAUGAAUGCGACUGAGUCUUAGGCUGAGUUGCACCACCUAACUUUAACCGUAACUAUAACAAUAACGAGUGUAUUUUUUAUGGAGCUUGACAGAUUUUUGACGUUUGUUAAAGUCAAAGUAAGAUGGUGCAACCCAAACUUGUUGUGUUAAGUGAUUAAGAAAUUAUUGUUAUCAUAAGUAUUUAUAUUCUAAAUAAGUAUAGCCGGUAUCUAUCUAUGACACUCUUCUUUGCAUUUACUGUAUGUACGUACCUAUACAGUUUUCAAACUUAUUGUGGUAAUA